UUCACAAAAUUCAGGUAAAAAUUUCUUUGUAUCUUUUAAUUUUUAUGUUUGUAAAUAUCAAAAGAAGUGGAGGGAGAGUCUUGUGCUUGAACCAGCUGUACAUAAACGCAUGGAACGAGCCAAAGACCUCUUGUUGUUGGAGUAUUUUCGUUAUCUCGACUUCGAGGAAGAAAAAAUAAUUUUUGUGUGGUGAUGGCUUCCAAAGCUGUGUUAAGUGGAGUUUUUGGAACUUUGAGGAAGCUCCAAGGUGUUAAUAACAUCAAAUCCAUCGUUAAACAAGGCGAUAAAAAAUUAUUGACUUUAACGAGUUUUAAUCAUAUUCAAAGAAAUCAAGAAAGAAAUUACGUUUCAAGGAGUUAUACAACAAAAAAAUUACCGAUCCAGAAAAAACCAGAAUAUUAUUUAUCAUCAGAUUCUGAUGAAGAUGCUAAAAGCGACCCAAAAAAGGGAUUAAGAGGAUUAAGCGAUUUUUGGAGAAGAAAAAUGCGUACAAUUCAUAAUUUGCUUGAUUUUAACAAAGACAGCGUUAUAUCGUACGAAGACUUCCAAUUAUUCGUUGAUAAAUUUAUCAAUUUGGGUCAUAUCAGUGAGAAGAGUGCCAAAGAGUUUCGGGGUCUUAUCAAACGAACAUGGGAGGCUCAAUGGGGUGAAAUUUCCCCUUACAACAUCGUAACGGUGGAGCGUUACUUAGAAGAUAUGCAACACGUUGUUAACGACCCCUCCAGGAUUAAAAAGGUUGACGCUUUUCUGCCAUAUUUGUUCGAGGCGAUUGAUCGCGACAAAUCUGGAAAGAUAACCUUGAAAGAGUUCAAAUUGUUCUUUGAAUGUCUUGGGCAUGAAGAUGAAGACGCCGUUUUUACCUUUCGAAUUAUCGACACUAACGCUGAUGGGAGUGUUGAUAAACACGAAUUUUUGAAGUAUGGGAAAGAUUUUUUUAUUUCUGAGGAUGAAACUAGAAUUAGCAAAUAUUUUUGGGGACCAUUACUUGAAUAGGUUUUAAGUUUAAGUAUUAAUCUUUUUAUUAGUGUAAGAUAAGACUGAUUAUAAAGCUUUUUUUUUUGUAGUGUGUAAUUUUGUAAUAAAUAAUAAAAUUUUUACUUC